UCUGCCAGAAGUACACAACAUACCUGUUGCUAGCACAUGGCAUCGGGAAAGAAGAGACUUUUGCCAAAAAAUCUGUCCAGGAUACGAGUUUUGCGUUGUUUACUGGGAAUACGCUUGCGUAGUGUAAAAGACAAAAUAAGACACUGGGGAUAAAAGACAUUAAGUGCCCCAAAUUAUCUGACGCCUGUCAAAAGAAAUGGCAUUGGAUACGCAUUCAAUCCAUGUCACACAAGAUAAAGUUGUUACUUGAUGUUACAUAAGUUAAGUGAUUAUGAGUACAUAAGAGUUUUUUUCUUACACAGUUCGUAUCGUAAAGAGUACCUUACAGGUAAUUGAGAUGUCAUUGGUGUACGUUCGAUUGUUUGCCCGACACAGAUUAGCGCUUGGUGUUCGGGGAUAUGCAACCCCCACCAGCGCCCCCAGAUCUCGGGAACAAAAGGAGGACUUUCCUGUGUUUCAGUACGUAGGGAAGCAGAGAAAACCCAACCAUAAGGUGUUCGUAUGGGGAUUUAGCUACACCGGAGCCCUGGGCAUCCCCAGUUUUGUAGUUCCGGACAGUGGCAGGAAAAAACCUAGGAAGUACCAGCUUACUCCUUACCGUCUGGAGACAGAGCAGCAGAUCUCCUCUGCAGCUUGUGGGUAUGGCUUCACCCUUCUCUCCUCUUCUACCAAGGACCUCACCAAGGUGUGGGGUAUGGGCCUCAACAGUGACUCUCAGCUGGGCUUCCAACGCACCCAGCAUGACCGCCAGAAGAGCUAUGACUAUGUGCUAGAGCCUUCCCCGGUCCUCCUACCACUGUCAAGACCCCAGGAGACCAGGGUGGUGCAGGUGGCGUGUGGCCGGGCCCACUCCCUGGUGCUGACCGACUUAGAAGGAGUGUUUAGUCUGGGGAACAAUGCCUAUGGCCAGUGUGGGAGAAAGAUUGUUGAAGAUGAGAUCUACAGUGCCAGUCACAAAAUUCACAAGAUGGAAGGCUUUGACAGCUCUGUGAUUCAGGUGGCAUGUGGGCAGGACCACAGUCUGUUCCUGACUGAGAAGGGCCAGGUGUAUGCCUGUGGCUGGGGGGCUGACGGACAGACAGGUUUGGGCCACCACAACAUGUGUGACAGGCCGGUGGCUGUAGGAGGCGACCUUGCAGGGGUUAAGGUGCAGCAGGUGACCACCUAUGGAGACUGCAGCCUGGCCGUAUCCCAGGAUGGCCAACUCUAUGGCUGGGGCAACUCUGAGUACCUACAGCUGUCUUCAGUCACCGAGGCCACCCAGAUUAACUGCCCCCGACUCCUUCCUUUUGAUGGAGUGGGCAAGGUUACCCAGGCAGCCAGUGGAGGUACCCAGGUGGCCAUUCUGAAUGAGAGAGGAGAGGUGUUUGUUUGGGGCUAUGGCAUUCUUGGAAAGGGACCUAAUCUCUCUGAAUCCCAAACCCCUGAGCUGGUGCCUCUUACACUGUUCGGUCGUUCUGAGUUUAACCCUGGGUUGACUGUGAGCCGCAUCCGCUGUGGUCUGAACCAUUUCGCCGCCGUCACAGAUCGUGGGGAGCUCUUUGUUUGGGGGAAAAAUGUGAGAGGAUGUCUUGGUAUUGGAAAGAAAGAAGACCAGUACUUCCCAUGGCGGGUGACUGUGCCAGGACGUGUAGUGGAUGUAGCCUGCGGGGUGGACCACAUGGUGGCACUGGUCAAGUCCGUCAUCUGAGGAUAUCCAGCUGCCCUGCCCUCCCUUCCGGCCCCCCACCUCCCCUAUAACUGAGGGUAAUGCAGCCCUGUUUGGCCGUCCUAUCUGCCUACCGCCCCCCUGGCCGGGACCCCAGAAUCAGAUGUUCUCCAUGGGUAGUAGAGGACCUCUGGUCUCAGUAAUCCAGUAACUGUGCACCGUUGUAAGCUGUGGUCAGCUCCCUGUCUCUCUAGCUAGAACGGCUGGUAUGACAUGGAUACCAGGUUCACAAGCAACAGUCAAGAGCAGCGCUAAUCUCUCUAGAGUAUAGAUCUGACACUGGGCAUUGGGCACUUGUGUUGGAUGAUGUGGAAUAGAACCUGUUGGCUUAACAAUAUGUUUGUUGUUGUUGAAGUGCUCAAAUGAGAUGGGGUUUGUUGGGCCUUCAAAGUAACGGCCAUUUGGCAUUUAUCUUUGCUGUUUACUUUCAUUUAGGUUAUUACCAGUUGCGUUUACUUAUUUGGCUAAUUUGCCAAGUGUAUUGUAUAUAUGUUAAUUGCUCUGAUCCCGUCGAUCUGAACUGAAGCCAGGAUUCCAUUUCAUCAGAUUUAUGGCCAUGCAUGUGUAAAGUUACUGAUCAGACAUGAACUGAUUUACAUUUUCCUGUGUUAAGAGACUGGAAUCUUGGUAAAUGCAGAGUGUCAGGUUAAUCAGAAAAGCGCAAUCUAAUGCUAAAUCCAUACAAAUACAAGCCCUGAUUCAAAUAAAUGUACAUAAUCCACCUGCUCCAUUAUUGCCUGCACCGGAAACAACAAGGGUAUACACGCCAAAAACUGUCCAGGAUAAGCCCAACGCAUUUGUAUGGGCUAAAGCAGGCCUGAACCUUGUCACAAGUGGGGCGAACACCUACCAUUGUUUAAGGCGUAAACAUUAGGAUCUUUGGCUGUACUACUUACCGGACUUCUAAGGAAAAUGAAAAGGUUAAUGCCAAAGAGGCAUUUAUAAUGCAGCUUAUUCACCUAUGUUUGUAAGGUGUAAGUCUAGUGUAUUUUCCCAGGUUAAAUAAUACAGACCUAUACAACACUU